GGUGAUGAUGAUGAUGAUGAUGAUGAAGGUGGCGAGGAUGGUGAUGGUGGUGAAAGGAAGGAGCCCCUCCUUGUGAGCGCGUGGUCUUUUGGUGGUGCCCUGUUGCCAUGAAAACGGCGCAGACGCUUGGAUGUAACGAAGAGGCAUCAAAAGUGAUGAAGCAGGAUCAGCUCAUGAGGCAGAAAGCCAUCCAGCAUUAGGACUUAAUAACAGACGCUUAUAACAGCCAUAUGACCGGACCUCGCAUCAUAGCGAUCACGUGUUAAACUGUUCAAAUGUAAAAAUGCAGUUUAGGGAUUUAUAAGGCUUGAGAAACUUGGGAGGAAAAACAGUGCAGACUUGUGACUCCUCAUGGCCAAACUUCGGUUUAUAUGGUUUGUUCUUCUGAGUCUAAUGCCACUGCAAACUGAUGCCAUCGAGACAGUGAACGUGGUGGAUUUCUGUGGCCAGACAGUACGGGGGGACGGUAUGAUCGUCCGGUCCCACCAGGAGUCGCGCAGGUACUAUUUUGUCAGCAUGGGUACUGACUGCCACCUGACCAUGCGGGCAGCCACACCUCGUGACAAGGUGCAGUUCCAGUUCCGAUUCUUCCUGGUUUACAGCUUGCUACGCGUGUCACCCUUCAGCCCCGUGCCCCACCUCCCUGAGUCGGCCCGGGGUCCCGCAAAUUCGGGUUCGGCGCGGCCUGACCAGCGCACAGAGCCGACGACAGACGAGGCCCAAGGAGAUCCGUGUCACGCUGGCUCUUACAUCCAGUUCUAUGAUGGUCGUGAUAAGAUGGCACAACCUAUCGGGCCUCCACUUUGUGGAAAGAGCCUGCCACGCCCAGUCCUGUCCACUGGAAACUAUCUGACCCUGCGACUGGUGACAAGGGGGACUCAACCACGUGUGGACUUUGUUGGGGACUUCACUUCAUUCAGACUGGGGUUUAAUCAGUCUGAAUGCAGUAGUGAACCCUACUUUACCUGCCAAAAUGGGAAAUGCAUCCCACUGAGUCUGGUGUGCAGCGAUGACAAGGGAAUCGACAACUGCGGAGAUGGCACGGACCUGCAAGAGUACCCAGGAUGCAAGAGUCCGUUGUUUGCAGCUAGCACACGUCAGCCAUAUGCAACUCCUCCCUCUAUGCUGAAUGUGGCCACCAUGAGGGCAUCGACUGUGGAGAAGUGUAGCGGCCCAAACCUCAUCCCUGACAUUGAUUCUGUCACUGAUUCUCCUCCGUACGUAUCUCUGCUGGCGCUCUACGUGGUUCUGGGAGUUCUGGUUGGUUCUGUGGUCGUGUGCUGGUGCUGCUGGUCUCCCGGCUGGUUCCUCUGGAGAGUGAGCGUGUGCCGUUUCCUGCCAUGCUGCAACUCCUGCUGUGCCUCGUGUCAGCUUUGCAGCCGGAGCUGCAUGCAGAACAAAGAGCACCGGUUGGCCAAAGUCGCGCCGCAGCAAGCCUCUGCGCCUGCAGCCUCCACCACCACCACCACCAGCGUGGCCGUGUAGAGUCCACACAUGAGGACUCGCUGAUGGAUUGACAGAGAAAGACACUGCGGUGGUGACAUUUUCAUCAGGGCAUUUUGCUCAAAGACUAUAGAAUAUUUCGUUUUCUGUCUGCUGCUUGUAUGAGAAAUCGAGUGUAAUCAUGUUGUUCAGACUAAAGAUUUGUGCAGUUCAGUAUCAUGUGUUGCUCACUGGAUAAAGUGAAGACAUCAGUAUUCUCACAGUGACCCCAGGCACUCUGUGAUCAUUUAUAAACAGCAAAUGGACCUCAAAGAAGUAUUCACAGUCACCUUUCGGGAAAGGGCUGUGCACAAAAGGCGUUCAAGUCUGGACCAAUUCUGUUUUCGAAACGACAGUCCAAACAGUGUCACUAUUCCUUCAGCUAUUGUUGAAGAUGCUUACAUAACAGCUAUGAGUCUCGGUGUCAGCUUGGCACGUUGCUCUGUAGUGAUGAGGUGCAUUUUUCCUCACGGCUGUUGCUCAGUUACAGAUCUCUGUCCUGUUCUCCCAGAGGUCAUGUCCUGAAGCGUGCACUCUGCUCUUAUACGCUCUGUAACAAAGCCCCAUCACACCACAGCUCAAUUACCGCUCACUUACUGCGCUCACGUACUCCUCAGUUACUGCUCACUUUCUAUUCAGUAUCAUUUUCUCCUUAGUCCAGGUUUGGCUUUAGUCUCACUUUGCCUUUAGUUUAAGUCUCACUUUUGUUCCCAGGCAGGUUUGGGCUUAAUUUCAGUUUGGGUUUAUUUAUGGGUUAGUUUGAGGUUGGGUUUAUUUAUGGGUCAGUUUGAGUUUUGGUACUGCUGGGAAAUGUACAGUAAUAUUAGUGACUGUUACCCUAAUGAGCAAAAACUGAGAUUAAACUUACAUCAAACUGAAACUGAACCCCGAAUCAACACCCAUUUAAAAUAAAGCUCAGACUAAAGUCUGUUUUAUGCUCAGUUCUGUGUUUAGUAAAGUCGCUCUCUGAAACAGGAUCCAUUGUUGAUUUUUCGACUUUUCUUCUAUUUCUUUCUUGUUUUUCUGAUCCUCUGUAAUCUAAAUUUGAUACCAAAAUGAAAAGUAGUAUCUGGAACUGGGUUUAGUCUGGGUUUGCGUUUACUGCAGUCUGAAGCAGUGAUCAGUAUGAUGUUUCUCUCUGGCUUUCUGCUCUGCUCGUGUUCAUGCACUGCUGGAGAAGUUUGGGGCAGACUGGAAAAAUAACAUAAUUAUACACAUUAUUUUUUAGAAAGAUAUUUUGAAGAUUGAUGAAGUAUUAUACCAAAAACUGUGUU